ACUGGCAGUUUGGCGCUGCUGUUCCCCGCGCGCCAGGGAGACGAGCCGCCCCCUCCCCCUGGAAGCUCAAGUCACUGUUCAGAGUGAAGCGAUGACAGUAAAACUGCUUGGAUUCCUGGAUAGAUGUUCCCAUGUUUUAAUGAAAAUAUGUGAGUGCCAAGGCCUUCAUAAACCUAGGCAUCCAGUGUUAAAACUAAGCAAUGAUGUUGUCAGGGCAUCAUUCAGAACUCUAGCACCAAACAAAGUCUUGAACUUGUGCACUCCUGAAACUGCUACCUAUUGCUUGACAAAUCUGUGUGAACGACUCAAGAAUUGGCAAAUGUCAGAAGCAAAGAUUGUGAAUUACCAGAUCGGAGAAGUUUAUCCUCCAUUCAGGGACCAUUUUGAUACUCUAAGGACUGUGAAAUACAAGCAUGGACUAAGUAGUGUUAGAAAGUUUAUGAAAAUGCCAACAAGAUCUUAUUCAGUUGUAUCAACUAGUAAAAUACUGCCAAAACAAAGUAUUCUGCCAACUAAGAGACCACCGAAGGCACCUAGGACCAAACAGCCAUCCAGAGCUAACCAGCCACUAGUGUCAGAAACUGAGGAUCUGAUGCAGUGUACAGCCUUUGCAACAGCAGAUGAAUAUCAUCUUGGUAAUCUAUGUCAUGACCUGACUUCAUAUGGAUAUGUUGAAAUAACAAGUUUGCCUAGAGAUGCAGCAAAUGUUUUGGUGAUUGGCACAGAAAACGCUGCAAAAGAAUAUGAUCCUGGUAUGAUCUUUUUCUUCAGGGAAGGGUCUGUUGUGUUUUGGAAUGUGGAAGAGAAAACUAUGAAGAAAAUAAUGCAAGUGCUGGAGCGGCAUGAAAUUCAGCCUUAUGAAGUUGCACUGGUUCAUUGGGAGAAUGAAGAAAUUAACUAUAGGAGAGGAGAAGACCAGUCAAAGCUCCACAGAGGAGAAAUCUUGUUAAAUUCUGACCUGGAUAUUGAUGAAGUAAUUCUGCAGAAAUUUGCCUUUUCAAAUGCUCUUUGCCUUUCUGUAAAACUGGCCAUUUGGGAAUCAUCCUUGGAUAAUUUUGUGGAAUCUAUCCAGUCAAUUCCUGAGAUAUUAAAAUCAAGAAAAAAAGUGAAACUCUCUCAUGCUGAUGUAAUGCAGAAAAUUGGGGAACUCUUUGCCUUACGGCACUGUAUAAAUCUGAGUUCAGACCUGCUGAUAACUCCUGACUUCUACUGGGACAGAGAAAACCUUGAAGAGCUUUAUGACAAAACCUGUCAGUUUCUCAGCAUUAAUCGCAGAGUUAAGGUAAUGAAUGAGAAACUUCAGCACUGCAUGGAGCUGACGGACCUGAUGCGAAAUCACCUGAAUGAAAAACGUGCGCUGCGCUUGGAAUGGAUGAUAGUCAUACUCAUCACUAUAGAGGUCAUGUUUGAACUUGCCCGAGUAGUUUUCUGACCAUGGCAGAAGCUAAGAACAUCUGAGAAAAGUAUGACAGGACCAUAUUCACAACAGAAAAAAGUUCCUUGCUCCCACCUCUUUAUUUUCUGUACACUUCUUGAAAAUGCUGUCUUACUAAAUAAAUGUAUUUAUGUAUAAAUGUACGUCUGUUCAAAUAAACUGUGAACUUAGUGAAUAAAUUGUAAGUUAGGUUCAGCACUACUAGACAACUGAUC